AUGUUCGGUGUCUGUGGUAAUAAUCCUAUUGUCAAGUGGCUCUCUCUGCUGCUGGUUCACGCCCGCAGGGACUGGGCUCUGCCGCUGUAUCAGGUGGAGCUCGCACCUUCCAUUGUCCCACGGCUUUCAUGUGUCGGCUUCUUUACACAGAGACAAAAGGCAGAUCAGCAGCAGCGGAAACUGACGAACGGGAGACGAGAGGGACGGGUGGGACAGACGGGAGGAGACGCAGGAGCUCAGCGAGGCGCGCCGGUGUCAGGUGAGCUCCGCGGGUCAGUGGGACACACAUCCCUCGUGGCCCAGAGGAAGUUCAGGAAGAAGCAGAAGAUCCAACAGCAAACCCUGAGGAGAAGCCAACAAGAACAUGACAUCGCCAUGCGGAAGAGAGGAGUGGAGGGAGAAGAGGAGAGGAAGGAGAGAGACCCUAACUGA